AUGUAUGCAGGAAAAGAAAGGGACCCUAAUUGCACCGUUCCUACAAAAAUUGUAAUGCAGUUAUCAGAAAAAUUGCUAAACAAAGGAAGAACUGCAGUCACUGACAACUAUUACACCAGUUUGGAACUGGGGCACAAAUUCUUACACCACGAAACCCAUUUACUGGGUACGCUUCGUAGUAAUAGAAAGGGGAAUCCGAGAGACGUUACCCAAAAGUUGAAAGUUAGUGAAAUUAUUGGUAAAGAAAAUUCAAAAGGAGUAUGUAUCAUGAAAUGGAAAAAUAAGAGGGAUGUGGUUAUGUUAUCCACCAGACAUACCACAGAAACGGUAAAUGUAAAUCGCAGAAGUGGACCUAUACAAAAACCAGCAGCAGUUGUGGAGUAUAAUGCUGCAAAAAGUUCAAUAGAUCUUUCUGACCAAAUGUCCAGCUACUGUUCGGCUUUGAGAAAGAUUAUUAAGUGGUACAGGAAAAUUGCCAUUGAGCUCCUUCUGGGUACUGUCGUUGUAAAUUCCCACUUCCUCUAUAAAGAAAUUCAUGAUAACAAAAUGUCGAUUACUGAAUUUCGAGAAAAUAUUGUACAGGGCCUUCUUUUCCACCCGAACAGGAGCACACACCUGGGCCUAGCAAGAAAAGGAAAAUAA